CUGCUUCUGUUCAUAAUAAACUGGUUGCAUAGUGUGUGUGUGUGGAGGAGGAGGAGAUGAGACCUGGAGGGUUGGACCUGCAGGAGGAGGAGGAUCACAUCAGUCCGCAGGUCACCAUCACCUCCUCCUCCUCCUCCUCACUAACACUCUGCCUCUCUUCGCUCGUCCUGGCCCGGCUCGGCUCGACUGGGCUCCGAACGCUUUCACCAGGACCAGGACUCAGACAGACACGCAGACCGGGGACAGGACCGGGCGAACAGGAGCGGGACCUGCAGGAUCCGUGUUCCGCCUGCGGGCUCCCGUCAUGCUGGGCACCGUGAAGAUGGAAGGGCACGAGGCUCCGGACUGGAGCGGAUACUACAGCGAGGAGAUGUACUCUCCAAUGGCAGGCGGUGGGAUGGGUUCUGGUCUUGGGAUGGGCUCCAUGUCAGGCUAUAUGUCCAGCAGCGGGACCACGUCAGGCUCCUUCAACAUGUCGUACAGCGGGACCGGUCUGAGCCCUGCCCCGGUGGGGGGGAUGGGCAGCUCGGCUCCAGCGGCUAUGUCAGGUCUGGGCGGGGGUGUUGCCUCGAUGGGCGGGGCUCUGAGCCCAUCCAGUAUGAGCUCGGUGUCAGCCCAGCAGGCCUCAAUGGGUCUGAACCCGUACGGGGGCAUGAGUCCCACCAUGAGCCCCGGCAUGGCGUAUGGCGGUGGCGGGCUGAACCGCGGCCGCGACAACAAGGCGUUCAGACGGAGCUACCCGCAUGCCAAACCCCCCUAUUCCUACAUCUCGCUCAUCACCAUGGCGAUCCAGCAGGCGCCCAGCAAGAUGUUGACGCUCAGCGAGAUCUACCAGUGGAUCAUGGACCUGUUCCCGUACUACCGGCAGAACCAACAGCGCUGGCAGAACUCCAUCCGGCACUCGUUGUCCUUCAACGACUGCUUUGUCAAGGUGUCGCGCUCGCCGGACAAACCAGGGAAGGGCUCGUACUGGACCCUGCACCCAGACUCCGGGAACAUGUUCGAGAACGGCUGCUACCUGCGGCGCCAGAAGAGGUUCAAGUGCGAGAAGAAGAUGUCGCCGAAAUCUGAUGGCAGGAAGGAGCAGGGGGGAGGAGGGGGAGGAGUGUCUCCUUCUGGGGACCCCAUCAAACCUCCAGGACUCCUCGACUCCUCCUCCCUGCCCUCAUCCAGCCACGCAGCCUCGCCUCCCGGUCUGGACCUACGGGGAGGCGUCGGCGGGGCGUCGGACCUGAAGGUGUCCGGCUCCCAGCUCCUGUCCUCCCUGUCGUUACCCCCCCACUCCAUGGCGCAUGAGUCCCAGCUGCACCUGAAAGGAGAUCCCCACUACUCCUUCAACCACCCGUUCUCCAUCAAUAAUUUAAUGUCGUCUUCAGAGCAGCAGCACAAACUGGACCUGAAGGCUUACGAGGCGCUGCAGUACUCCUCCUACAGUACUGGAGGGGCGUCUGGCCUCGGGGGGAGGACCAUGGAGCCCCUGGAGGCCUCCUACUACCAGGGGGUGUACCCCAGACCGCUCCUCAACACCUCGUAGUAUCCGCUGCACUUCCUGUUUGGACUCUAACUCUCUGCAUGCAGCUGUCCUGGACUUCCUGUCUGACUGUGAUGAUACUGAACCGGAUCAACUCUGCUGCUGGUCUGCUGGUUUCUGCAGCAGCUGAACUGAACUCCUGCACUGUGACCAAACCAGGACACAAAGAGACACGUUAACACUCAGCUGUUCAAACUGAUCCCAGGUCUGUGUUCUCCUUUUACACACUGAGUCACAAACAACGAAAGUUCAUGUUUUUAAGGUUCAGAAAAACAUCCACAAAGAUUUCCAACAAACGUUACAUAAAACCUCCAACACAUUCUCCUCAAAUCAGACCAGGAUCAUCAGUCAGACCAGAGUCCAGGAUGGCUCUGUAGGAGUUAGCGUUUUCUUUAUGUCAGUGGUUCCAGACCUGCAGUCGGAGUUAGAACCCCCGACCGGUCGCGGAGCGUGAGAUUAUUAACAAAUCGAGUUUAUUUCCAGUGUUUGUUUGUUUGUGAGAUCCGGGAUCGUUUUAGUCCGUCAGGCCUCUAAAAACUCUUCAAGUUAAAAACACCUAGAUGCAAAUCGUGAGGCAUCGUCUUAUACGGACGUCACUCAACAGACUAAAUGUUCCAUGAAACCGGUUUGUGACUCCAGGAGCUGCGGCUCCUCGCAGGGCGGUCCUGAGCCGCAGACCUGCAGGCCAAAGGAAAUCAAGGCCUUAAAGUUUGAAUGAGGCUGAAUUUAAUAUUCCAGGAGUUUCUGUUUGAGGUUCAGUUUGUUUCAGGAUUUAAUUGGUUCAGUUUUUGUCUCCUGAUGAGUUCAAGGUCAAAGGUCACCUGGUGAUGAUGAUGUGGUUGUCAUGGCGACACUGGCAGAUUAAUUAUUAUAAUUCCUGUAUUUUGAUCCGAAAUAUGACGAGGGUUUAUUUCUCCCACGACCUCGUGCGGCUCCCCGCUGACCUCCUGAAGGGUCGCGACCCUCAGAGUGAGAAACCCCCCACAGAUCAAAAGGCUUUUUAUUUAAAGGGUCACUUCACACAAACGACUCAAACACUGAGUUUCCCGCUUCUCUGUUUGUCGUCUGUCUCCGGGCAGAUUUCUUCUUUUCUCUGCUGAAGUUCACCUGCUGAUCAGAUCUGAUUAUUGAUUCUCAGGAAUGUUUCUGUUAAAUCUGUGGAGAUUUAAAUAUAUAUAAUAAUAAUAAUAAUAAUAAUAAUAUAUAAUAAUAAUAAUUAUAUAAUAACAGAAAUAAUUAUUAUUAUUAUAUAACAGAAAUCCAGAAAAAUGAACAGCUGUAAAUAAUGAAAAAAACAGAACCAACCUUUAAUGAUAUUUUAAGGUGAUUUUUCUUUUAAUAUUUUGGUGAAUCAAGAAAAACAGCAAAGAAUAUUGAUGAUCAAUGAUCCUGUAUUGAUAAAUCAAGUCCUGCAUGUGGCUCUUCUGAACAUUUAAUGGUUUAAAUGUAAUUCAGGUAAAUGAGGAGACGUGGCCUCGACACAACAGAAACUUGGUAUAAUAUAUAAUAAAUAUAAAUUAAAUAAAAAUAAUAAAUUAAAAUAAUAUAUUAUAAAAUGAAGUGAGAAAACAGGAACACUUUGAGAAGACAUAUUGAUCACGUCCGCAUGUAUGAAAGGAAAUUAAUACUUUGAAUAAAAAGUAUUUAGUAACAGCAGUCCCACAACACAAAGUUCCUCCAAAAUAAUAAUAAAGAUUAAUUUUAACUUCAUUGUUAAUGAAACGAAGAAAAAACAGAACAGUGUUGUUUUUCUAUAAACUGGAACCGGUUCACCGGUUUACACCGUUCUGGUUCCACGUGUCGGAUCUUAAACCGGAUGUUCACACAAAACGUGAUAUUGUUACGAUCAUUUUAAUUUGAAGACACGUUUACCUGGAAAGUGCUGAUGUUCAGGUUUCUUGGUUUACGUUCCAACUCUGACUGACUCCUGACAUUUAUCGUUUUAUUUCAUCAAUCAUUUACACACAAGUUUCAUCAAUUAAUGUGUCAAUUUUACUUUUAGUCAGAAAAAGUCAGAAAACUGUGAAGCAUGAGUCCAAGGUGACGGUUUCACCUGGCUACCUGCAGACUCUACUCAGGGCUGAAAAGCUUCAGGUCAGGCGAAGAGAAAACGUUGAAGCUCGAAACUUUUUAAAGACACAAAAACAACUUUAUUGAUCUGAGAAUAUCAGGAUUAAUGCGUUAAUAAAUAACAAUGUAUUAACCACAUGAUGACUUAAAUAAACAUGGUGACUUAAAUAAACAUGGUGACUUAA